AUGCCUCCGAGACGAAGAGUUCGCGGCGACGACGAUGACGGGCCCCUCAUAUCACGAGGCGGUGCUGCCGUCUCGUCUGAUUUGCCCCCGUUGGCUGCGCGACUUGACACGUCGUACGGGUCUGCGCCGUCGAAUACUUUACGCAACACCCGACGAGGCCAGAGGCGUGAUCUGCAGUCCAUCAUCAAGGAGACACUCCACGACAGCGACGACCCUGACGACCCUGACGAUCCUGGUAACCCAGAUGACGACGAUGAUGAUGACAGUGAGGAAGCAGACGACGACGACCACAGCAGUGAGCGCAGCAAAAGUACCAGAAGCGACCGCCAGCCACCGGUGAACUCGCCGAGUCCGAACCCAGUCCCGAAGCCGAAACCUAUGCGCAAACCGCAGCCGGCUCCCAAUCCCGGCCCGGACCCGGACCCGAACUCAAACUUACCACCAGAUUUCGGCCUUGGCCGAGACUCGUCCGAAUCAUCCGCUCCAUCGAGAGGCCCCUCGCCAGAUCGGCCCUCUGUCAAGAAUCCGCCGAAACAGCGUCUUCCCUCCACAAUUGCCCCAUCGAUUGAGCCUCCCUUCUACCAGCCAGAAGGAACAUCGUCUCGUCAACGAGUACUUCCUGACAUCGCCCCCCCUCGAGGUCCGAGUCCGACUCGUUAUCUCCCCACCACACGACGAGCCGGUUCAGAAGCUCUGGCGCCACCAGAUCGCACCGGCCAAGGCCUGUCGUCGUCCAGAGGUGGCACCCUCACAGCCGCGAGCAAACGCUCCGUCUUUGCUCGCGCCAUUUCCGAAGAGGUUAGGUCGCCGUCUAAUGGCCAUCAGCUAGGGCUGCCUCUGGAACCAACGCCCACACCCGACUCGAUUCGCACUUUCGGCCAGGAGAGCUCGCUGUUCGGGGGCGCCGACAUUGGGACCCCGUCUCAUCCUUCCCGCUCGUCCGACGAGGCAGGAGAGAACUCUCCCUUGCGACCGAUGCCGCCACGGAGCAACCAGCCCGACCGGCUGCGAGGCCCAGUCCGGGACCCCUUGAGUGAGGUUGUGCAUCGGUCUGGCCUUGUAGACUGGACCAAGGACGAGGGCACAAGCCGUCCGGUCCAACCGCAGCCGCCAAGCACCCCACCCUCUCAACGUUAUCAGCUCCGUAGCGAGUCUCCUGAUAACGACUCGCCGUUUAUUGCGCGCCGUGCUGUGGCUAGAGACUCACCCCGCGCCAUUCCCACGCCGCGUCAAGUGCCGGCAAACGCCGCCUCACCAUCCUCUGUUACCACCAGAUCAAGUUCACGUUUAUCAAACCACACCACGGAGAAAGCGUCUACUCACAAAUCAGGCUCGACACGUCUCUCGAAUCACACCAUCGAGAACGAGCCUCCUCACAGACCAAGUUCAAUACGGCCAUCGGACCACAUCGGCGAGAAUGAACCUACUCACAGACCAGGGUCGACGCGUCUAUCGAGCCGCACCACUGAGAAUGAGCCUAUGUUCAGACCAGGUUCGUCACGCUCAGCCGACCAUGACACGGAGAAUGAGUCUACUCCCAGACCGGGUCCGUCACGCUUGGCCAACUACAUCUUGAACAAGGGGUCUACUUCUAGAGCAACCUCGACACGCCACCAUGUCUUUGAGGAAGAGCCUGCUUCCAGGCCGGAAUUGCGGCUCCCAGAAAAGCGUGCAGUCAAAGAGUCAUUGCAUGAUGACCCUAAACCCGCUUCUGGAGUCUCACCUCGUCUUUCAUCGGAACAAGGCGACCCUGGCCCAGCCCAGCGACCUGUGACCCAGCCCGCUGCCAUCGACAAGCCGGCACCGACCCGCCGCCUAUUCAACGACCCACCGCCUGCCAAUGCCUCGACCCUGCGUUCUGGAAGAUUUGAGGUCCGCUCAAUACGACCCCCCGGAUCCCGACGCGCACCCGAGGAAAAGGGCAACCGCUCUCCCCCCAGACAGAAUGAUUCGGGCUUGUUCGGCUCUGACAUGCGGCAAAAGCUCCGGCAAGAGCGGGAGCAGGAAAAGGCGCAGCAAGAGGCCCUUCGGAAGGAGCGCAACGCGCGUCUACAGUCGUGGCCGCGGAUUUAUAACACGGUGUACAGCUGGACACAUGCUCCUCGCCCGGAUAGCCCGCCUCCCAGAGACCAAGAUUCAGACGGCUAUGAUAGUCCUAUCGAGACUACGCAACAAAUUCCCUUGAACGAGUCCUCGUGGUCCACAUGGAUUCUGUUCAAGCUCGCUGACGCUUUUGUCGACGUACUCAAUUUCCUCUUCUCGCCGCAUUCAUGGAACCUCAAGGCUCUGCUCGGUAUCCUUCUCGUCUCUCUUCUCGGAUGGGGCGCCAUGGCAGGGCUCAAGUCGGCCCCCGCUCUAGGCAUGAGCGGCAUCCAGUGGUACGGCCUUUCCGACAUCUCUCACAACCUUGGGCAGUUCGUGCCAUUGUGGAUGUCGCGACCGACGACGGUCUUCAGCGACGAGGAUACGAGAGAAUAUACGCGGCAGCAGCGCAACCACGAGUACGAGCUCUCCAAGUUGGCCAAGGCCAGCAAACUCCACGAGGGCUCACUGUCGCGACUCGAGGCGAUCGUCCCCAAGAUAGUGCACAUGCAGCUGGACAAGCACGGGCGGCCUGUCGUGGACGAAGAGUUUUGGCACGCCCUGCGCGAUCUCAUGAAGGGCGACACUGAAAUCUUGACCAUGGAUAGAGGACACGGAGGCUACCACCAUGUCUCGGACGAGCAUUGGCGAGCGGUCAGGGCCAGGCUCUUGAAGGAUCCCGUAUACCAGAGCGCCGCCUCUCCAGCUCCGCCCGGACCAUCGACCGCCGAGAUCGAGAACAUCGCCCAGACCAGGUUUGACAAGUCGUGGGAGAAGUGGCUCAAGACGAACGACAAAAAGGUGGCCAAGAUCCUGGAGCCCGCCUUCUCAACAUCGAUCCCGGACAAGAUCAGCAAGGACCUCGACCACAAGAUCGAGAAGUUCGUUAAAGACCAAUUCAAGAACAAGAGCACGAACGACGUAGUGGUCACGCGCACCGAGUUUAUCCGCCACCUCCAGGACGAGUUCGUCAAGCACCGCAACGAGGUCAAGGCCGAGGCCCAGGAGCUGCAGAGAAAGCUGGAGUACUACAUCAACGACGCCGUCAAGUCCGCCUCGGAACAGGCUCCGCCUGCCGGAGUCUCCCGUUCCGAGAUGGUCCAGGUCGUGGACGGCAUGGUCCGCCAGGCGAUCGCGAAUGCCGGACUGGAGGCGCUCGCGCAGGGCAAGAUCGGGGCCACGUGGGACAGAGAACUCCGGCAUCAGGUCAACUUCCUUGGCCGGCACACCGGCGUCGUCGUCGAUGCCAGUGCCACUACACCCGACUGGGAUCCUCCCGUCCAUGGGAAAUUCCGGAGCGCCUCCUGGUAUAAGAGCACGAGGCGAGACCCGAAGUCUGUGCCGCCGUCGGCCACGCUCUGGAACUGGGAGGACGAGGGCGACUGCUGGUGCGGCAAGGUAACUGCUCACAAGAGCGGCGUCGAGGUGGGCGUCCGGAUCGGCUACCUCCUCAGCCACGAGAUCAUCCCGCAGCACGUCGUGGUUGAGCACAUCCUGCCCGGCGCGACGCUGGACCCGGACGCGCGGCCCCGCGAGAUCGACGUGCUGGCCUACAUCACCGAGAUCAACACGCGCAACCGGAUCAAGGAUUUCGCCGCCGCGCACUUCCCGCGCAGCAAGAUCAUCCUGUCGGACGGCUGGGUCCGCAUCGGCCACUUCACGUACGAGAGCAGGGACGCGCUCAACGGAGUGUACGUGCACAAGCUCAGCUCCGAGCUGUUGUCUCUGGGUGCCGUGACGGACCAGGUCGUGCUGCAGGUCGUCAGCAACUACGGCGCGGACCAUACGUGCCUCUACAGAGUGCGUCUCUACGGCGAGAAGCAGUCUUGA